GGAGCGAGGUAGCUGAGGAGAACCUCUAAAAAAUCUCACACUCUCUCUCUCUCUCUCUCUCUUCAUUUUCUUUCCAUUUCGUGACUCGUCACUCCUGAAAUUGAAUAAAUCCCAGAAAAAAGGAAGGAGAAUUCCAUUAUUUCGAGCAGGGAACCUUCGAGAGGAAGAUUCCUCUGUAUUUCUUCUUCUUCGCCAUGGCUACGAGAAGGCGGACCUUGCUUAAGGUCAUUGUUCUUGGAGACAGUGGGGUGGGGAAGACAUCUUUAAUGAAUCAAUACGUACAUAAGAAGUUCAGUCAACAGUAUAAAGCUACAAUUGGUGCUGAUUUUGUCACGAAAGAGCUUCAGAUAGACGACAGACUUGUCACGCUGCAAGUUUGGGACACAGCAGGCCAGGAGAGAUUUCAAAGUCUUGGUGUUGCUUUUUACAGAGGUGCGGAUUGCUGCGUUCUAGUUUAUGACGUCAAUGUUCUGAAAUCGUUUGAUACCCUGGACAAUUGGCAUGAGGAGUUUCUCAAACAGGCGAACCCAUCCGACCCCAAAACAUUUCCAUUUAUAUUACUUGGGAACAAGAUUGACAUAGAUGGUGGAAAUAGUCGAGUGGUUUCGGAGAAGAAAGCAAAGGACUGGUGUGCUUCCAAGGGAAACAUACCUUACUUUGAGACCUCAGCAAAGGAGGAUAUCAAUGUCGAUGCUGCAUUUCUGUGUGUUGCAAAAACUGCAUUAGCAACUGAGCGUGAACAUGACAUAUACUUUAAUACCAUACCGGAAGCUGUGUCUGAAACUGAGCAAAGGGGAGGAGGAUGUGCAUGCUGAGGACUGACUCAUCUCCAUCCCCUGUUUGUGUGUGAAUCAUAAUUUUUGGCCCUUUUUUUUUUUUUUUUUAGAGCCAUUUUUUGUAACUACGUCAUGUACAAUGAAAUUUCGAUUGAGACCAUGAUGGUAGUUUAGCUGCUGUUGUAAAAAAUCAUCUUUUUCAAUGUUGAAUUUGAAGAAUAUAAAUGUAAUGGAUGAAAACGAUUUUUGGACUGUU